AUGGCUGCCGUCGAGGGUGUGUUGUUUUGCGCGGAUCGCCCAAAGAACGAGUAUGGGGCCUUGACGACUGGGUUGGGUAGGGGCUGGAAUGAGGAGGAUACGCGCAUAAGGCUGAACCUCAUAUCGAGGGCAUGGGUGCAAUUCCGCACUGCGAGGAAGGUUGAAAGUGCAUAUCGGAAGCAUUUGGAACUACAUCCGCAUUCGGAAUCUACGUGGCCGUGCAGGUCGAAGUCGAAACCCCAUCCUUUGAAAGUGCCAGAAAGUUUGGGCACAUUAGGAAAAUGGAUUGGCAAGCCAUCGCCAAGUGACGACGAACCUGUCCCUCCAUACGACACCAAUACCGAUGCACUUGCCAGAAGGACUGCACACGACUGCUCAGAAUCCCGAAUUACCCCUCCUUCUUCGGUGGAAAAAGGAGAAGACCGUUCAUUGUUCCCCGACCCUACGAUGGCCACCUCGGUGGAUUUCCAGUCUCAAGAUGGCUUCAAGAUGGCAGCCAAGAAGAAAAAAGGAAAGGCCGCUGCCAAGUCUGGAUGGGAUGAUGAAGAGGACGAAAAGAAGAAGGACGAGGGUGAGGGUGAGGGUGAGGGUGAGGGAGGGAAUGGAGGAGACAAGUCCGGAGACAUGGGAGCUGGUGGUGAUGGGGACAAGAAGGACGAUACAAAUGGUACCGCCGAUGCCGCUGGUGAUAACCCUCCUGAGGAUGAAUGGGAUUCCUUUCUACCCUCGAAGGCUGCCAAAAAGAAGGGUAAAAAAGGAGGUGCAAAGGAAGUUGCACCUGCGGUUCCCGCUGCGGAGAAGUUCGAUGCCUUUCAUGAAAUCAAACUGGAUGAUACUGGGCCUAUGUUGGACUUGAGCUUCGAUACUGGAACGAAACCGGCUACAGGUGGAUUUGGGUCUUGGGGUAGUAGCUGGAAUACUGGGACGACUAAUACCUGGGACUUCUCGGCUACUACAGACACAGCCCCGGCAACCGAUGACAAAAAGGAGACAGAAGACAAUCCCUGGAGUCUGAAUCGCGGGAAACCGACGAAGAAGAAGGACAAAGGGUUCUCAUUUGGUUCGCUUGACGAGGAAGGAGAGAAGCCAGCGGAGCCAGAUCCCAUGCCCGAGAAGAAAGACGACACCUUCGAUUUUGGAUUUUCCUCUGGAAAGAAGGACAAGAAGAAGAAAAAGGGUGGUGUCUUCGCUUUUGAGGAGGUUGAAGAAACCCCUGAACCAACCCCAGCGGUUGUCGAAGAGACUCCUGCCGAAGAUGAUUGGGGCGGGGGAUGGGGAGCUCCGAAGACCAAGGGCAAAAAAGCGAAAAAAGGCGCGGUCGAACCUGAGCCUCCUAAAGUUGAAACUCCAAAGGUCGAAGAGCCUGCUCCUGUGGAAGAUGAUUGGGCGUCGUUUGCAACUGCGGGUAAGAAAGGCAAGAAGGCGAAGGGCAAGACUGCUGUUGAGGAGCUGCCAAAGGUUGAAGAACCACCCGCGCCAGAGCCUGAGCCUGAAGCAGCAGCUGAUGAUUUCGGUUGGGGCGCGACGGUCUCAAAAAAGGACAAGAAGAAAAAGGGCAAAAACGCCAUCGAGGAAAUUUCAAAAGUCGAGGAGGUCAAGCUACCCGACCCUGAACCUGAGCCAGAGCCAGCAGAUGACGGGUGGGGCUCAUUCGGGACAGCCAAGUCAAAGAAGAAAGGAAAAAAGGGCACUGUUGAGGAAUCUGCCAAAGUUGAAGUGAAGACGCCGGAUCCUGAACCCGAACCUGAGCCAGUGGCUGAUGAUUUCGGCUGGGGCGCCACAGUCUCGAAGAAAGAUAAGAAGAAAAAGGGCAAAAACGCCAUCGAGGAGAUUCCAAUAGUUGAAGAGAAGGCUCCUGAGCCAGAGCCUGAACCAGAGCCGGCUGUGGAUGACUUUGGAUGGGGCGCCACGGUCUCGAAGAAGGACAAGAAGAAAAAGGGCAAAAACGCCAUCGAGGAGAGUCCAAAAAUUGAAGAGAAGGCCCCUGAGCCAGAGCCUGAACCGGAGCCGGCUGCGGUUGCGGAUGAUUUCGGCUGGGGCGCGACGGUCUCGAAGAAGGAGAAGAAGAAAAAGGGCAAGACUACUGUUGAAGAACCUAAGGUCGAGCCAACCAAGGAACCUGAUCCAAUCCCCGAACCUGAACCUGAAGUUGAAGAAUCUUCUGGCUGGGGAGCAUCGUGGGGGCUGGGCGGGGGCAAGAAAAAGAAGGCGAAGGAAGAGCCGAAGGCCAAGGAACCAACGCCUGAACCCGAACCAGCACCUGUUGUUGAUGAGGAUAGCGGAUGGGGAUCUUUCUCGACUGGGAAAAAGGACAAGAAGGGAAAGAAAGCUGCCAAAGCAGUCAUUGAAGAGUUGCCAAAGAUUGAGGAGCCUACACCAGAUCCCGAUCCAGUUGUUGAUGAUGAUGCUGGCUGGGGUUCAUUUUCUCUUGGUGGAAAGAAAGAUAAGAAAAAGAAGGGCAAAGAAGAUGCUCCGAAAAUUGAGCCAGUUCCUGAACCUGAGCCAGUGGUUGAGGACGAUGGAUGGGGAUUCGGGAGUUCGAAAAAGGACAAGAAGAAAAAGGGCAAGGACGAACCCGCCAAAGUUGACCCAAUACCCGAGCCUGAACCUGAGCCCGUUGUGGAAGAUAGUGGCUGGGGCUUCGGAUUAGGAAAGAAGGCGAAGGGGAAAAAGGGCAAAGAGGAACCCAAAAUUGAACCUGUUCCGGACCCUGAGCCCGAGCCUGAGCCCGUGGUGGAAGAUAGUGGAUGGGGUUUUGGCUUAUCUUCGAAAGACAAGAAAAAGAAGGGUUCCAAGACCAAGGAAGUGUCUCCCCCACCCGCGCCAGUCAUUGAAGAAAAAGCGGACGACGAUGAUUGGACGAACUGGGGCCAGAAGUCAACCACCAAAGCCAAAGGCAAAACCUCCAAAGCACUUGUCGAAACCAAAGUUGAAGAGCCAAUGCGAGCACCAACGCCACCGCCUGCUGUUCCUGAAGUUGGAGAUGGUGACGAUGACUUUGGAUGGGGAACCUCGAAAAAGGACAAGAAAAAGAAGGGGAAAACAGCUUCGCCAGAGGCAUCCUUUCAUGAAGAUUCAAUCAAACCUGACGCUAUCGAGGAGCCCAAGGCUGAUGACAUAUGGGGCACGUCAAGUUCGAGAAAGGACAAGAAGAAGUCUUCCAAGAGCAAGAGUGCCUUUGAGGUCAUAGAUGAAACGCCACCUGAGCCUAUUAUUGAAGAGCCCAAAGCUGUCGAGGAUGAUUGGGGAUCUGGAUGGGGAGCCACUACUUCCAAGAAGGACAAAAAGGGAAGCAAGAAAAAGGGUAUAGAAGUUGAGGCCCCGCCGCCAGCUCCAACACCUCCUGCCAUGGACUUGACCGAACCUGAACCCGAUUGGGACUUUGGAGCGACUGCCGAGAAGACCAAAUCCAAGGAGAAAGAGAAAGAGAAAGAAGUCCCAGCGAAGAAACUCAGCAAGAAGGAACAAAAGGAGGCAGACAAGUUAGCCGAGAAAGCCAAGAAACAAGCCGAAAAAGAUGAAGCAGAGGCCAAAAAGAAGGCUGAAAAGGAAGAGGCCGCGGCCAAAGCGGCUGAAGAAUUGGCUUUGGCCGAAGCUGAAGCUGAGGCCAAAAAGAAAGAGGAAGAAGAUGCCAAAGCCAAGGAAGAAGCCGAUGCCAAAGCCAAAGCAGCGAAAGCGCCUAAACUGAGUAAAAAGGAGCAGAAAAAAGCCGAUGACCUCGCCAAGAAACUGAAGCUUGAGGAGGAGGAAGCUGCGGCUGCGGCGGCUGCUGCUGCUGCUGCAGCAAAAUUGGCUGAGGAAGACGCUGCCCGGGAGGCUGAGGAACUGGCUGCCAAGGAAGCCGAAGAGAAGGCCGCCCUUGCCGAAGCAAAGUCGUCGAAGAAAGACAGCAAAUUGAAGAAGUCCAAAAAGAGCCUGGGCACGGCGGCAGCAGCAGCAGCAGCAGCAGUCAAGGAAGCUGAGCCGGAGCUAGACCUGAUCGACCUCAACCCCGUCAAGGAAAAGGUCGAGAUCGAGGACAAGUCCGAGCUCUUCAGUUUCUGGGGAGCUAGCAAGAAAUUGCCCACCAAGGGUGCGGGAGCGAAGGAGGCGCCAUCGUCGCGAGACGAGAUUGCGAUUGCUGACAAAGCGAAGCUUCUGGAAGCCACCGACUCCAAGGACACGACAACAUCAUUGAAAGCAUCCGCGACUUCGAUGAAGGCAUCAGCAAUUACGAAGAAACCUGUGGGCGGAAAGAUCGCGGAUAGGUUGAAAGCCUUUGAGUCACCCAAAGAAGUCGCGGCGCCACCUCCCCCUCCCGCGCCGCCCUCGCCGCCACCCCCGGCCAAGGAGGAUAAGAAGAAGUCUAAGUCCUCCUCUAAAAAGGAGAAGGAGACCAUCGAGGAGCCACCGACACCACCAAAGAAGACCGCGAAGAACAAAGCAGUGCCCGGUAGCUUUCCCACUGACUUGUUGGAUGACGACAUCGUUGAAGUUGUUGAAAUGCCCACUGCCAAAAAGUCGAGCAAGAGUAAAUCAGCCACCAAAUCCAAGGAACUUCCAAAGGAGGUCCCCAAAGAGGAGCCUGUAGUUGAAGCACCUCCUACUCCCCCGCCAGAGCCUAAAUCUUCGAAGAAGGAACGUCCCCGAGUUGUUCGCGAUGGAAGUUCAUGGGGUGCCUGGGGUGCUGCGCCUAGAGAAGAGAAAAAGAAGUCGUCCAAGGACCGCAAAUCUUCCCCCAGCGACGAAAAGAAGUCAUCCAAGGAGUCAAAAUCGAAACGAAUUGACAAAGAAGAGAAGACGUCUUCAAAAGAUUCCUCGUCCGAUAAGGCCGAUAGACCACCUAUUUCCAGGGGGUUGACCAGCAUGUUUGGAGCCGCUCCACCGCUUCGGCGGUCCAGUACUUCUGGCAAGAGCAGUUCCAGGCGACAUUCAGUUGUCGACAGUGGACUCGUCUCUCCACCACCUGAGGUGUCUGCAAAAGCAGCGAAGAUGCUUGGAAUCACUCCUGGCAAGCUAUCGAGAAGCAAAUCUGAGAAGCACAGCAAAUCACGUGGCCUUGAAGACGAUGAAGAUGUUGUGGUUGUUGGAGCUGAUGAGGGCUCACCUGAAAAGUCGAGUCGCGAUCGCAAACGAAAGUCGAAGGUAAUUCAAGACCCAAUGGUGUUCAACAGUCCGCCCCCAGCUGUACCAAUGCCACCUGGAGACAACGAUAUGCCCUAUCGGAGACACAGGAUACCAUCUUCGAAGGAACCAAUUGCUAACGGACGAUCGUCAAAACAGGCUAAACAAGAUGAGGAUAUCGUCAUGGUUGAUGCUGGUGGCCCAUCCGAGAAUCUAGGAUCGUCUGGAUUGAAGAGGUCUGAAAGCACCAAGAAGGCAGCUGGACUUGGUGGAAUGCUUGGCGGCUUCCUCUCGAAGCCUCGCCCAGAGACCAAACGCCGUGCUACCGUCGACGAAGAUGUUCGUGGUCUGCGCCGUGAAGAUCGGAAGAUCAAACGUCCCUCCAGAGACCGAACCGAGACAGAGGAUGUCGAUGUUACAAUGACUGGUGGGGCCGCUGAAGAGGAUCAAGAGGCUCAAGAGGCCAGACGUGCAGCUAGACGUGCGCGAAGACUCGAGAAGGAAGCUAUGGAAAAGGCCGCAGAAGAUGCCCGAAGAGCCAAGGAUGUCGAACGUAGAGAACGUCGUCGGAAGCAAGAAGAAGAGAUGGAAGCUCGCCGGCAGGAAGAGAAAGAAUCCAGACGUGCUGCCCGACGUGAACAGAAAGCGGCCGAGGAAGCUGAACGUCAAGCGGCCGAGGCAAAGGCAGCUGAACGAGCAGAGCGGCACCGUGCCAAGAGAGCAGAAAGGGAGGCCAAAGAGGCAACCCAUACUGAUGGGGAGCCGCUUACUGAAGGUCCAGAGCGCCUGAAGAGAUCCGAUCGCCGCAAGUCACAAAUUGAUGGUCCACUCAACGAAGACGAAGAACGUCGUCGCAGACGUGAGGAACGUCGUGCAGCGCGUGAAAUCGAAACCCCCAAGACCAGCCGUCGUAAAUCAGUCCCGAUUGUUGACAGUUAUUUCGACUCUCGCAAUGGAAGCAAGGCGCGCGAACCGGAGAAAGAGUCGAGACGCAAGAAGGCUGGCUGGCCUCACUCUGGCACGGAUUCAUGGGUCGCAGAUCAUUCUGAUGCUCCACCACCUCCAGAAACUGCACCUGAAGAUGGCCAAGGGGAUGAGACGGCUGGUGAUGAGAAGGAGAGAAGGCGUAUGAGGAAAACGCGCCGCCAUUCCAAGUACGAUGAGGGAACCGAGGAGGACCUCGAGGAGAGGAGGAAGAGGCGUGAUUCCCGACGUCGAGAACGGGAGGCUAUCAAGAGCUCGGAAGGAAGUCAAGGCGAUGGACGUAGAUCGAGCCGGCGCGAAUCAGGCUUUGUCGAACCGCGGUCGCGCGCACCCAGUGCUCAAGGAACAGGCGGUGGAAUCUUUAGUCGGUGGAAAAAGAUGAUCUGAUUGGUUUCGAAUGACGAUAAUUUGAUGGCGUAAUUUUACGUGUUCAGUUCGGGUAGUGAGCGAUUUAUUCGGAGUUUUGUAUUGUGAGUUUCGCAUGCAUGGGAUGGGACUGGGUGGAUUGGGAAAGGAGCGUACAAGCAUUGGGUCGGCAUCUGUCACAGGUCACAAAGGUGUACAAGUACUACUAUAUGCAUCAGUGGAACGGAGGGCCAGACCUGGCUUGUAGGAUCGGUGUACAGGUGGUGGUUUGAUGGUCAUAUACCCCAUUUCGUUUGCACA